UUGUUUUUAACACAACAUCCUGAAAAGAAAGUUACAGUCCGCGUUAACAUUUCCUAAUAUUUUUAGUAAUUGUGCGUGGAAAUUAUGAAAUCGCGUGUCACUGUUUAUUUGAUCAAACGGGUCAUGCAGUGAGGGCAAUUCAUUGGGUUUUAAACCAACAUGUUAUUUUGAGUAUUUUACAGAUCUGCACAUUUGUUAUUGUAAAAUGAACUCCAAGGUAGUAAUUUAGGUUCAAAUCCUAUCAUUUAAUAACGUAUUUCUGGAAACUCGGGCAAAGCUGUCGCCGCUGUCAUUUAGUGACACUGUUAUGUGUAAUCUUGAAGGGAUGUAGGGCUACAGAUUUUCAGCGCAGGGUUUAAUACACAUGUCAACAUACUACAUGUCAACUACCCCAAAGGUAAACUACCCAGUAAUUGGUGUACUGGGCGAGAUCACAUUUCUGAGGCCGUCUUUGGAGACUCCAAUAUGGACGGACGCAGUGAAGACGAAAGUGUGAGCAACAGCAGUGGAGAGUCAAGUAACUCUGAUGAUGAGUCUGGAUCCGGAUCGGGUUCUGGGUCAGGCUCCAGCUCCAGCAGCAGUAGCUCCAGCAGCAGCCAAUCAGGGAGCAGCGACUCAGGAAGUGGCUCCGACUCCGGCAGCCAGUCCGAUUCGGACUCAGAGAAGUCCAAGAAAGCUGAACCGGCAAAGAUUGAUGGGGCAGAGUUUUGGAAGUCAAACCCCAGUAUCCUGGCAGUGCAAAGGUCAGCCAUGCUCAGGAAACAGCAGCUUCAGCAGCAGCAGCAGCAACAACAGCAGCAGCAGCAUCAACAGCAACAGCAAAGCUCUUCAAACAGCUCGGAUGAGGACUCUUCCAGCAGUGACGACUCUGAUGAUGAUUCGUCGAGAGAGAAAAGCAAAGGGUCUGGUUCAGGCUCGGAUUCAGAUUCUGGGUCAGGGUCUGAUUCUGGCAGCAACUCUGGUUCUGAUUCCUCUGGCGAGGAGCAGGAAGAAAACAGCGACGCUUCCGCAUCAGACUAUGAACCUAGUCACAAAGUCAAGAGCCGCAAGCCACCCACCAAGGCCAAUGCCAGGAAUGGCAAAAAGAGUAAAGCACAGAGGAAGAAGCCGCCGACGGGCUCUUCCUCGGACGAGGAUGACUUUGACAAGAAGGCGCUGGCCGGCCCACGCCGGCAGGCCACGGUCAAUGUGAGCUACAAGGAGGAUGACGAGCUCAAGACCGACUCGGACGACCUGGUGGAGGUGACCGGCGAGGACGUGCCGCAGCCUGAGGAGGACGAGUUUGAGACGCUGGAGCGAGUGAUGGACACGAGAGUUGGCAGGAAAGGAGCCACGGGAGCCACCACUACAGUGUAUGCGGUUGAGGCGGACGGAGACCCCAACGGGACCUUCAACCCCCACAAGGAGGCUGGAGACGUCCAGUACCUGAUCAAGUGGAAGGGCUGGUCCCACAUUCACAACACCUGGGAGACCGAGGACACACUCAAGCUGCAGAACGUCAAGGGCAUGAAGAAACUGGACAACUUCAAGAAGAAGAAGUCAGAGGAGAGGAAGUGGCUAAAAGCAGCAUCACCAGAGGAUGUUGAGUACUUUAACUGUCAGCAGGAGCUUAUGGAUGACUUGCACUCUCAGUACCAGCUUGUGGAGAGAAUUAUUGGCCACUCAAAUCAGAAGUCGGCGGCAGGUUAUCCUGACUACCUGUGUAAGUGGCAGGGGCUUCCUUACUCCGAGUGCAGCUGGGAAGAUGGCGCCCUCAUCGGCAGAAAAUUCCAGAAGUGCAUUGAUGAUUACAUGUGCCGCAACCACAGCAAGACCAUUCCUUACAGAGACUGCAAGGUUUUGAAGCAGAGGCCGAGGUUUAUGCCCAUGAAGAAGCAGCCCAGCUAUAUCACAGAGGGCCUAGAGCUGCGAGACUACCAGCUGGACGGCUUAAACUGGAUGGCUCAUUCCUGGUGCAAAGGGAACAGCUGUAUCCUGGCAGACGAGAUGGGGCUGGGGAAAACCAUCCAGACCAUCUCCUUCCUCAACUACAUGUUCCAUGAGCACCAGCUGUACGGGCCCUUCCUGCUGGUGGUGCCCCUGUCUACCCUCACCUCCUGGCAGCGCGAGAUCCAGCUCUGGGCCCCACAGAUGAAUGUGGUCGUCUACCUGGGCGACAUCAACAGCAGGAACAUGAUCAGAACGCAUGAGUGGAUGCAUGUUCAGAACAAGCGACUGAAGCUCAACAUAUUGCUCACCACUUAUGAGAUUCUCUUGAAAGAUAAGUCAUUCCUGGGGAACGUGAGCUGGGCCUUCAUCGGCGUGGAUGAGGCCCACCGGCUGAAGAACGACGACUCGCUCCUCUACAAGACGAUGAUCGAAUUCCGCUCCAACCACAGGCUCCUUAUCACAGGGACGCCACUGCAGAACUCCCUCAAAGAGCUCUGGUCGCUACUGCACUUCAUCAUGCCAGAAAAGUUUCACUCGUGGGAGCUGUUCGAGGACGAGCACGGGAUGGGCCGCGACUCCGGCUACGCCAGCCUCCACAAGGAGCUGGAGCCCUUCCUGCUGCGCCGCGUCAAGAAGGAUGUGGAGAAGUCGCUGCCCGCCAAGGUGGAGCAGAUCCUCCGGGUGGAGAUGAGCGCCAUUCAGAAGCAGUACUACAAGUGGAUUUUAACCAGAAACUACAAAGCUCUUAGCAAAGGCACAAAGGGCAGCACGUCAGGCUUUCUCAACAUCAUGAUGGAGCUUAAGAAGUGCUGUAACCACUGCUACCUCAUCAAGCCGCCAGAGGACAACGAGUUCUACAACAGACAAGAGGCGCUGCAGCACUUGAUCCGUAGCAGUGGGAAGCUGGUGUUGCUGGACAAGCUGCUGGUUCGGCUGAAGGAGCGAGGCCACCGUGUGCUCAUCUUCUCUCAGAUGGUCCGGAUGCUGGACAUCCUGGCCGAGUACCUGAAGAGCCGGCAGUUCCUUUUCCAGCGGUUAGAUGGCUCCAUCAAAGGCGAGAUGAGAAGGCAGGCACUGGAUCAUUUCAACGCAGAGGGCUCUGAGGAUUUCUGUUUCUUGCUGUCCACGCGGGCUGGGGGUCUGGGUAUCAACCUGGCAUCUGCAGACACAGUGGUCAUCUUCGACUCGGACUGGAACCCCCAGAAUGACUUGCAGGCUCAGGCCAGAGCUCACAGGAUUGGUCAAAAGAGACAGGUGAACAUCUACCGACUGGUGACCAAAGGGUCAGUAGAGGAAGAGAUCAUCGAGCGGGCCAAGAAAAAGAUGGUGUUGGACCACCUGGUCAUCCAAAGAAUGGACACCACCGGCAAGACUGUUCUACAUACGGGUGCUGCUCCCUCCAGUUCCACCCCGUUCAACAAGGAGGAGCUGUCAGCCAUCCUCAAGUUUGGUGCAGAGGAGCUCUUCAAGGAGCCCGAGGGGGAGGAGCAGGAACCACAGGAUAUGGACAUUGAGGAGAUCCUGAAGAGAGCAGAGACCAGGGAGAAUGACCCUGGCCAGUCAAGUAUAGGAGAAGAGCUCCUGUCUCAGUUCAAGGUAGCAAACUUCUCCAUGAUGGAGGAGGAGGAGAUGGACAUGGACCCGGAGCGGGGCCACAGGAACUGGGACGACAUCAUCCCCGAGGAGCAGCGGCGGCGCCUGGAGGAGGAGGAGCGCCAGAAGGAGCUGGAGGAGAUCUACCUGCUGCCGCGCAUGAGGAACUGCGCCAAGCAGAUAAGCUUUAACGGGAACGAAGGCAGACGCAGCCGGAAUCGGAGGUACUCGGGCUCAGACAGCGACUCCGUGUCCGACCGCAAGAGGCCCAAGAAACGCGGCAGGCCUCGGACCAUCCCACGAGAGAACAUUAAAGGCUUCACAGACGCUGAAAUUCGAAGAUUCAUCAAGAGCUACAAAAAAUUUGGCGGCCCUCUGGAAAGGUUAGAUGCAAUUGCGCGAGACGCAGAGCUGGUGGACAAGUCGGAGCACGACCUGAGACGACUGGCGGAGACGGUGCACAACGGCUGCGUGAGGACGCUGAGGGAGAACCCCUGUGGUCCAGAGAAGACCUCCGGAGGCAGACGGGGUAAAGUGAAGGGGCCCACAUUCCGAAUCUCCGGGGUCCAGGUGAACGCCAAGCUGGUCAUCUCCCACGAAGAGGAGCUGGCUCCCCUCCACAAGGCCAUCCCCGCAGACCCCGAAGAGAGGAAAAGGUAUAAAUUACCUUGCCAUUCAAAGGCAGCUCACUUUGACAUUGAAUGGGGCAAAGAAGAUGAUGCCAGUUUGCUCAUAGGCAUCUAUGAGUAUGGCUAUGGGAGCUGGGAGAUGAUCAAAAUGGACCCAGACCUCAACCUGACUCAUAAGUUGUUGCCUGACGACCCCGACAAGAAGCCCCAGGCCAAACAGCUCCAGACGAGAGCGGACUACCUCAUCAAAUUACUGAGCAAAGACCUGGCCAAGAAGGAGGCGCAGCGACAAGCGGGCACGGCCAACUCUCGGAAGAGGAAACCCAGGGGCAAGAAGAACAAAAAUGUGAAGCCAGCAAAGGUGGACGAGGCGGUAAACAGCAUGUCCUCAGCGCCUCCUUCAGAUAAGAGCUCAGAGGAGGAGGAGGACAAGGAGGAAGAAAGGGAAGUGGCCCCAGUGAAACCUCCCACCAGAAGGGGGCGGGCGGAACCUGUGGUCGUCAAGCAAGAGGAAGAGGAAGAGGAGGACUCUGAGCCUGAGCCCCUCACCCCCAAAGAGCCUGAGGAGAAGGAGAAAGAGAAGGACAGGGAGGUGAAGAAGGAGAUCAAGAAGGAGAAGAAAGAGGAUGGUCGCGACGGCAAAGAGAAGAGGGAACCCAAGGAGAAGAAGGAGGCCAAGCCCCCAGAGCCUGUGACUCGGGUAGAGGAGCCACCGGUGGAGAAGAUGGUGGAGAUAAAAGCCGAGGUUCGGGAGAAGGGAGGGAAGAAGGCCGACACGCCAGUCCACAUCGCUUCAGGGGGAGAGAAUGUUCCCAUCUCAGAGGAGUCAGAGGAGCUGGACCAGAAGACCUUCAGUGUGUGUAAGGAGCGCAUGCGGCCGGUGAAGGCAGCCUUGAAGCAGUUAGACCGGCCGGAGAAGGGCUUGUCGGAGCGCGAGCAACUGGAACACACCCGCCAGUGCCUCAUCAAGAUCGGAGACCACAUCACCGAGUGUCUGAAGGAGUACACCAACCCAGACCAGAUCAAGCAGUGGAGGAAAAACCUCUGGAUAUUUGUGUCAAAGUUCACUGAAUUUGAUGCAAGAAAAUUGCAUAAAUUAUAUAAGCAUGCCAUAAAGAAAAGACAGGAGAAUGCUCAGGCAGCGGACCAGAACACUAGCACUGUAAAUACUCAAAGCUUUAAACACUCGGACAUUGAAAGGUUAAAGGACAACUCGCACCAGGACGACAGCAGCAGGGACAGCUACAGUUCAGACCGUCACCACUCGUCGUCAACGCGCUACCACAGCGGCAGCGAGCAGAGCAAGGAGCCGCGGCACGGCAGCGAGUCGUACAGGAAGGGCAGCGACACCCGCAAGAGGCCCUACUCCUCCUUCAGCAACGGCAAAGACCUCCGGGACAGGGACCGGGACCGAGAGAGAGACAGAGAUCGAGACCAGUACCGAUCAGAGCGUCAAGACAGCAGAUACUACAGCGACAGCAAGCACAGGAAGUUAGACGACCACCGCUCGAGCCGAGAUCAUCGGGCAGAGAGCAGCUCCAAGGACCGGCACUCCGACCACCGACAUUCAGACCACCGGUCCGACCGCCACUCAGGCUCGGACUACAGCAGCCAUCACAAGUCGUCCCGCGACUACCGCUACCACUCGGACUGGCAGUCAGACCACAGGGCAUCAGGCAGCGGGCCCCGGUCGCCCCGCGACCAGCGCUCCCCGUAUGAGUCACGCUCGCCCAUGGGCCACCGUUCGCCGUUCGAGUACUCGUCCGACCACAAAAGCACGCCCGAGCAGAUCUGGAGCAGCCGCAAGACAUAACGAAUGCCACCUGUGAGAGGGUUUAAAAAAAAACCUAAAUGAACGAUUGAUCGAACGAACAAACUCUGCAGACUCACUCAGCCAUAGACACAACUGAAACACAGGAAAUGCCUUAUGGGACUGUCCAAACGCUGUAUCAUGCACACACUGCGUCUUUAUGGGGGUCAGUGUGGACGCCUUCUCUCUAUCUCUCUCUCUCCAUCUCUUUCUAUCUCUAUCUCUUUGUAUCUGACGGGUGUCUCGGUAUUAAGUCCGAGGAGUGACGGGGUUUUGGAUGCGUGGGGGGGGGCACAGACAUAUUUUUGUAUUUAAAAGCAAUGCUGCACUGUUUCGCAAAGGCUGCGGCAUAAUUUUUCCCUUUUUUAAUUAUUAUUUUUAUAAAUGAACUUUUUCUUUUUUUUUCUCCUUUUUUAAAAAAGACAGAAAAUGACCUGAGUGCUACCCAAGUCCCAUCAACCAACACUGGAUCCUGGCAUUGGCUCAUCACUAAGUCAAUGUGGUUCGUGGCUUAUUUAAGAAGUGUUCAGACACAGUUGAAAAAGUAGCGCAAAGUAUCGUCCUGUUAUCAUGCUAAGUGUGGAUUUGAAUGGUCUUUUUUCGAAAGCAGUCUGAAGGACUUGGGUUCACCUUCCAAAGUACCUCGUUUACAGUGUUUCCUGUGACCACCUUGCCGAUGAUUCUUCUUUUUUUUUUUUUUUUUUUUUUCUUAUUGCAUCAUGCUUGAAAUAUUUAAUUUCUGUUUCAAAUGUAAAAUAACCUGGAUUUUUUAGUGCACAUCUGAGAAAUGUCCCUUUUCACACAAAUUGUACUACUGUAAAUUAUUGUAUAAAAGUAAAAUCAAAUGGGCUUUUUUCUCUCAGGCUUUUUUCAGUUUGUUGUUGUUUUGACUCUACUUUUUCCCCAUCAACUCAGGCUUUUUGUCAACUGUAAGAAUUAAUGAUCAAGUUCUUGUUAUGACAGUUAAUGAUAAAUAUUCUAUUUAGAAUGUAACUCGGGAACUGGCGGGGGUGGGGGGGUCCAUUCCAUUUGUGUAUGCCUCUGGGGGUUCUUUCUUUUUUUUUUUAAAGUCUAGUCUUUGGAUAAUUCUGAGUUGUGAAUAUAUGUCAGUAAGCAGAUGGCAAACCUCACGUUUUAAAGCAUCAUGUGAUAAAGUGUAAGGGGUCUAUCGUAGAUAGAGGCACUUAUAUGAUCUCAAAUAAACUAGAACAUUUUUAUGGACUUUCCUUUUUCCUUCCUUUUUUGUUUUCCUUCCUUUUUAUACAUAAUUGUAGGCAAUAAUGUCAAAUCUAUGCAGCCCAAGUGUAUUUCUGGCAAACGGCCCAAGCAAGUCAAAUGCUGUUACAGUACACACUGAUGUAUAUAGAUUUUCUCUAUAUUUCAAAUUGAAUUUACACUGAAAAAUGCAUGGAUUUUUAAAAGAUAUUGUUUUAUAUAAUUGUUUAUAAAGUCAUUAAACUCGAAUCACUGUUCUCACUUGUAAUCUGGAGUUGUGUACGAAAAUUCCACUUUAGAAUGUUUCCCUAUGGUAUUCUUGCCAGGUAUAGAUAAAAGAAAUACUUACACUUUAAAGAAGCCUGUGUCUAAUCCUUUCUGGCAAAACUCAGGGAACAUUUUAUGAACACAUGGCCAAUCAUUUAGGUGACAGCUGGCAUACCAUGAUUCUGUUCAUCACCACUGACCUGUGUGGAUGACUGGACAGUUUUUUUGCCUCUUUAGAACAUGUCGCUGCCUGCAAGAAAGUGUUCAUUUCUCCUGUGAAAAAUCUUGUGGUUUUGAUAUGAUCAUUUCACUUCUGUGAUGGCAAAAUUGACAUUUUGAAUCUUUUUUGUUUUCAGCAAAUGUUUCCCGAUGCUUGGCAAAAUGGGAUGUCAUGACUGUUGUAACUUAUUCAUUCUCACAAUGAAAGUGGAAGUGUAGUCACGUU